UGAGAUCACAAGUGUCUCACUAGUUCCUGUGGAUGUUUUGAAACAAGAAAUGGCUCAGACUAUUGAACAGAAAUUUCCUGGUACAACUAACGUUCACCUUACUAAAUGUGUAUCAAGCCAAGGUGUAAGCUUCAAAAACGGCAUGAUUGUGGUUUAUGGGUCUACAAGUGGACUUCCUGAUUUUGGAGAGAUUCUUCAGAUUUGUAUUGUAAAAGAAAGACUGUGUUUCAUGGUAAGAAUUCUGUCGGGGUGGUACAGGGAGCACUUCAGAGCCUUUGAGCUAAGUCCAUCUCCAGCAAGAGAAACUGUUUUCAUUGAGCAUGAUGAACUGGCAGAUGCAUACCCUUUGGCAGACUAUUUUGUUGGUCCAGUCAGAAUGGUGACAUUAAAAAGAUACAUAAUCAUAUAAAGUGUAGCAGUCUUCAGGUUAAAUUUUAAAUGUUAAAUGUUAUUGAACUCCCAGUGCUUUAUGUACUCUUAACAUGUACUCUUUACACAUUUACAGUUGUGAAAUGGCUGUUCCUGCCACAGUGAUUCUCAGAAUUAUUCUGGGCGAAAAUGAUUCGCAGAGAUUGAUCCUUAAAGACGGGUUACCAGAAUCUGUCAGUGAACUCAUACAGCAUAUAAAGAGGCAAUGUGGAGUAGAAGGGGACAUCAGACUCCAGUUCAUGGAUGCAGAUUUUAAUAAUGAGUUUACCAACCUGACCUCAAUGUCUGAUGUUAAGGACAAAAGCACUAUCAAAGUCAUCUUUAAUACAGUAGCCUCACACCAUCCUGCCCUGCCUGGUGACUCUGCCCCCCAGCCCUAUUCUACUGUUGCCUCCGCUCACUCUUUAGAUGACUCUGUGUCCCUUUCAUCUUGUACCUCAUUUGAUACAGACAUAUUGUCUUCUCCCGAGUCGAUCUCCUCAAGAUUCUCUGCAUGGCCGUUGGUCUUCAAGGUGCCCAGGUUCUCUUAUGAUGCUGAAGUACAGCUGAAAAGGGCCAAUGCUGCAUUUAUAGAAAAUGGAACUUUAUUAAGUCCUGAUACUAAACUUAAGUCUUCCAUUCUUGAUGGCUUAAUUGAAACAAUUAUUCAGUACAAAGUCUACCUCUCUGAUGCAGAGUUUAAGGAUGUAGCUGCAGCUCUUGUGUCAUCCCAUCCUUGUUUGAAAGAGCCUGGUUCAGCCACUGGAUAUGACGGCUGGAAGACAAGCCUGAAGUAUAAACUUGGUAACUACCGAACAAAGCUGAGACGUCUUGGAUGCCCAGAAGUAUCAGUAAAUGCUCUUGUAAACAAACCGAAUGAUAGAUGCAGUCCUGCUUAUGGUGUAAAAAAGCCCAAAAAAGCAGAAGUCAAUUACUGCCCUGCUUAUCCAUCUGGUGAAACAAAGGAGACUCAAGAACUUCUAAGAGUAGCUCUUCUUUCAGAAGUGGAAAAAAGAAACAAUGAAAAUAAGGUGGCAAUGUUAAUGGAGAGGUCGUUUGCUCACAGAAGGCAAGAAGUGGUUCGAGAUGCACCCAUGAUAGCAGAUUUCAAAACAAGAUGGCCAGCACUCUUCAGUGUGCGUGAGGUGUGUGCAGAAUUCAAAAGGAUUACUACAGUCCAUUUGCAGUCUAAGUUUUUCUCCCAGCUGGAUGUUCACUCUGCAAAUCUAAUCAAGGCAUAUAGUAAGAAGGGUGGAUUUAUAGGAAGGAGACUCAAGAGCAUCAUGACACCUAUGACCCAGAACAAUAGCAUUGAUAUUGGACGUGAAUGCAUCCUAAAGGGACUUUGUGUGUACUUAAAUGAAGAUCCGGAGAAGCUGGUGAAGGAAUACAUGGCAGAUGAUGUAAGCAGAGACACAGCCAUGAAAGAGACCGUCUUUGGCAUCUAUGUUGUUCGACAUGAAGGUGAUGAGCUUACUGAUCCCCCAGAGGAUGUGGGUGUCAUUCUAGAGGGGGUGACUGUACUCUGUGAACUGGGGAAUGUACCUUUUGCAUUGGCCAUAUUGCUUGCCUUAGUAUAUUCUUUAAAUCUAUGCUACCCUCCAGAACAUAAAUAUACGUUUGAAGCUUUGCAAAAAAUAAUCUUGGAGCUGAAUGGGAACAGGCUUUCUGCAAAAAUACAGGCUCUUAAAACAAUUCUGUUGCGUUGAAGAUUGUCCACUUCAAGUAAAGUGAAUAUUAUUAAAUCGUUCCUUUGUUAAAGGUUUAAGUUCACUGACAUUUCAUGGGACAGGUCUAAUUAUUUGAGGUGGGGUGCUAUAAAACAUUUGAAAAGUUAAAUGUACCAGGUAACUUUUUUUUACAUGCAUUAUUUCUUUUUUCAGAUUUUAUCAUUUUAUAGUGGUUUGCUUUAAAACAAUUUUAAGUUUAAAAAUACCAAGUAUUAUAGUUCAUCCAUAUAGUAAUAA